GGCCGCUGGAACUGGAGGCACCGGCGCUGCGGCGCUCCGUCCCCGCGCAGCAUGGUGUCGGUGACCAGGACGGCGUUUGGAGAGCUGCCGUCGGGGGCAGGGCCCGUGGAGAAGUUCCGGCUGCAGUCAGAUCUGCUCAAAGUGGACCUCAUCUCCUGGGGCUGCACCAUCACAGCCCUGGAGGUCCCAGACAGGCAGGGAAAAGCCUCCGACGUGGUGCUCGGCUUCGCCGAGUUGGCAGGAUACCUCCAGAAGCAGCCCUACUUUGGAGCAGUAGUUGGGAGGGUGGCCAACCGGAUUGCUAAAGGAACAUUCACCUUGGAUGGAAAGGAAUAUCGCCUGGCCAUUAACAGAGAGCCCAACAGUCUGCACGGAGGACUCAGAGGGUUUGACAAGGUCCUGUGGACUCCUCAGGUGCUGUCAAAUGGGGUUCAGUUCUCCCGCAUCAGUCCAGAUGGUGAGGAAGGCUACCCUGGCAAGUUAAAAGUCUGGGUGACAUAUACCCUGGAUGGUGGGGAGCUGGUGAUCAACUACAGAGCACAGACUAGUCACACCACACCAGUCAAUCUGACCAACCAUUCUUAUUUCAACCUGGCAGGCCAGGGCUCUCCAAAUAUAUAUGACCAUGAAGUCACCAUAGAAGCUGAUGCUUUUUUGCCUGUGGAUGAAACCCUGAUUCCUACAGGAAAUGUAGCUCCAGUGCAAGGAACUGCAUUCGACCUGAGAAAACCAGUGGAGCUUGGAAAACACCUGCAGAAAUUCGGCAUCAAUGGUUUUGACCACAAUUUUUGUCUCAAGGGAUCUAAGGAGAAGCAUUUCUGUGCAAGGGUGCAGCACCCUGGAAGCGGCCGAGUCCUUGAAGUCUAUACCACCCAGCCUGGCGUCCAGUUUUACACAGGCAACUUCCUGGAUGGCACACUGAAGGGCAAGAAUGGAGCUGUCUAUCCCAAGCACUCUGGUUUCUGCCUCGAGACCCAGAGCUGGCCUGAUGCAGUCAAUCAGCCUCACUUCCCCCCUGUGCUACUGAGGCCUGGGGAAGAAUACAACCAUACCACCUGGUUCAAGUUCUCCGUGGCUUAAGGAAGAGUGACUUCUUGGCAGCCUGUCUUCAGAAGAUCUGGAGGUUUUGCAAGUGAUCCUGUGUGUUAAAUCAUACAAAUGG